AUGUCAUCUCCAUCUCGACCUGUUGUGGCCAUAACAGGAGCCACCGGCCAUUUGGGACGCCACAUUGCAGCCGCAUUUCUCUCCGCCCCCUUCCGCGACCAAUUCGCCGACAUCAUCCUCUUAUCGCGCCAAGAAUCUUCACAAAAUUCCAAUGACAAAUUUGUCACGCGAAAAUACGAUGAUAAUAAUCUUGCCGAGGCUCUCAAGGGCGUGCAAGUGCUCGUCAACACAGUCGGGCCAUCGGGCCACGCAUUCAAAGACAAACUCGCCCGUGCACUGCCACAGACAGACGUCCAAGUCUACUUUCCCUCCGAAUUCGGAGUUGACCACUACGUCCAUGACUUCUCACACCUUGAAUGGGACCAGAAGAAGAAACACAUGGCUCUGGCUAAACAAUUGAACCCCGACGUGAAGAUAUGCCGUGUCUUUGCUGGGCUGUUCUUGGAAGAUAGCGUCGGGCCGUGGUUUGGCUUCAAUACCAAAGAUGGACAGUAUGAAUGUAUUGGGUCUUCGCAAUCGCCUGUUUCUUUUACUUCUCUUGAUGAUGUCGGCAAGACAGUCGCGUCGUUGGCUGCUCUUCCCAGGGAGAAGAUCCCGGAUACGGUUCAUCUGGCGGGUGAUACUCGCUCGUUUGAUGAGAUUGCUGGUAUUAUGCAGACGGCAGGCGCUGGGAGUAUUGUUGUCAGUGAGGUUGAGCUGAAGAAGUACAAGGAAGAGACAACAUCAGAGCUAUCCUGGGAACCGUCGAUCUAUCUACGGUUCUUGAUGGGUGAGGGGAAAAUCAACCAUACUGCUCGUGGCCUUGGGAGCAGUAAUGAGCUUGUGAAUCCGAACCAAAAAUUGUGGAGGUGGGUCACGCUUUCUGAUUUGGCCAAGGAGAACAAGGGACGACCAUGGAAGGAUUUCCCGUGGCCUCUGCAGUGA